GACAUUUUCGAGUGUUUUUCUCGCGUUCGGUACAGUCGGGUUCGCGAAAUAUUGUUGGAUUAAUUUUCAUAAAAUACGGGUGAAAAAGGUGUUUUUCCAUGUUUUCCUUGAGUGAAAAAGUGAAAACGUUAACCCCUUUAUGCGAACAAAAAAUAUAUAGGCCAGCUAUGGUACGGAUUCGGCGGAAGUUUGUGCUGAUUAUGUCCGGGGUAACGCUUCUUGCGUUUCUGUUCCUGUACAUCAUUCUGAACCACUCGAUUCAAUCGCAAAAACCGAACGGUUUCAUGAUGUUGGAGGAUAAAAUCAAACAGCUGGAGUCAGGGCUGAACAAACACCGGCGAGAAUUCGGCGCAAUGAAACACCAAUUUGACACGAUCCGAUCAAAUGGACACCGAUCGAACUCCGUGGAUGGGGACGAAUACGGCGAGGAAUCUCGAUUGGAUAAGGUACCGGCAGUGGCCGCUCCUCUUUUGGGAAAUCGCGAAAUGAUCAAAGAUUCAGUAAUAAGUCCAAAUCGCGACACGGGAGGGACUUGCUCCCUACGAACCGAUAUCAUUCCCCAGCCUGACAUACAGAUGUUGGAUUUGUAUGACAAGGUUCCAUUUGAUAACAUUGACGGUGGACCGUGGAAGCAGGGCUGGAAGGUGACGUACGAUGAGAAACAGUGGAAUCAACACCACAAAUUGAAGGUGUUUGUGGUACCACAUUCACAUAAUGAUCCUGGGUGGAUUUAUACGUUCGAGGAGUAUUACGAACGACAGACGAAGGGUAUAUUUGCCAACAUGUUGAGGCAUCUGGAAGAGAAUCCCGGAAUGAAGUUUAUUUGGGCGGAGGUAAGCUACUUCGCGCGAUGGUACGACAAGCUGGCUAAUGAACAGAAGGAUAUUGUAAAGAAAUUACUAAAAAAUCGUCAAUUAGAAUUUGUAACUGGGGGCUGGGUUAUGCCCGAUGAAGCUAAUUCUCAUUGGUAUUCGGCUUUACUACAACUUACCGAAGGGCAGACUUGGUUGAAAACGCGUCUUAACGUUACCCCUACAUCGUCGUGGUCUAUUGAUCCCUUCGGCGAGUCUCCGUCCUUGACGUACAUCCUGAAAUAUUCCGGCUUCGACAAUCUUUUGAUUCAACGAACUCACUAUAUCGUGAAGAAAAACCUGGCCCUCAAAAAGCAGCUCGAAUUUCGCUGGCGUCAGUUAUGGGACACCACCGGCGAAACCGAUCUCCUGACCCACAUGAUGCCAUUCUAUUCGUACGACGUUCCGCACACGUGUGGCCCGGAUCCCAAAAUCUGCUGUCAGUUCGAUUUCAAACGGCUACCCCACUUCGGAGUGUACUGUCCGUGGCGAGUUCCGCCGCAGCCAAUCACCGACGAGAACGUUGCCAAACGAGCCGAACUGAUUGUCGAUCAGUGGCGUAAAAAGUCCGUUCUGUACAAAACUCGGAGCGUCCUGAUUCCACUUGGCGAUGACUUCCGAUACACGCAGAGCAAAGAAUGGGAGGCGCAACGCGUCAACUAUGAAAAACUGUUUGAGUACAUCAACAACGAUCCAUCCCUAAAUGUGGAAGCCAAAUUUGGCACGUUGCAGGAGUACUUCGAUUCCAUUCGAUCGGCCAGCAAAUUUGAGGACUUCCCAUCGCUCAGUGGCGAUUUCUUCACCUAUGCGGACGUGAAUGAGGACUACUGGAGUGGGUACUACACUUCGCGGCCAUACCACAAGCGACAGGAUCGCAUCCUGAUGAACUACAUCCGCUCGGCCGAUAUGCUGUAUGCGUGGAACCUGUGGGAGGAUAAGGACUGGCAAUCAUUGGCGGACAAGAUGGAGUAUGCCAGGCAGCAGUUGGCGCUGUUUCAGCACCAUGACGGAAUCACGGGUACGGCAGAGAAUCACGUGGUGGUCGACUAUGCCAACAGGAUGGCAACGGCAAUUGAGAACUGCAAGUUUGUGAUGCAGCAGGCCGUUUAUAGACUACUCACGAAACCAUCGGUCUAUCAAGCGGACCCGGCCUUCAGCUACCUGAGCAUCGACGAAUCACGGACAGUGGACGGCGGUGACACCUUCCGUCCCACGAUCAUCAUUGGCGAUGAGCUGCCGAUCAAGCACGUGGUAGUGCACAAUUCGCUUCCCUACCAGCGGCAGGAACUAGUCGAAGUCUAUAUUGGAAAGCCGUUCGUAACGGUGCAGGAUGCCCGCACUGGGCAAACCGUCCCCGCGCAGAUUGCUCCGGUGUGGUCAUGGCAUAUGCGACCGGAUGGAAGCAGCGCCCCGCAAGCUUCUAACACAAAGUUCCGACUGCUGUUCAAGGCAUCCGUCCCGCCGAUGGGGCUAGUUGUGUACACCAUCAAUUCCCGAAAUAAGGCAGAGCACAGCAGCCGUGUGACGUAUGCCAAAAUCUCUAUCAUGGCACCGGCUCCUUUUACAGUUAAUUUGAACGGGUACCCGGAAGAGCCAAAGUUUGGUCAACCACGUAAGAUUUCGCUGAAAGUAGGUGACGUGGGUCCAGGAGCGUCCUUCAACUCCAAUGGGUUGCUGAAGUCGAUCUCCAUUGAUUCUAUAUCGGUGCCAGUGCAUUUUGAAUUCCUCAAGUACGGUAUGCGUGUUUCUUCUGGCAAGAGUGGGGCAUAUCUGUUCCAUCCGGAUGGUCCGGCCACAAAAAUGAGGUCGGACGAUCCCGUGGUGUUGGUGGUGGAGGGACCGCUAGAGUCCAGCAUCACCACUGGGUUGCCAUUUGCCACACAUCAGACGGUUUUGCGCGAGGACGGGGCUGUGGAGAUUCGAAACUUGGUAGACAUUGGCUCAAGGGAGAACACGGAGAUUGUGAUGCGGGUAUCGACCAAUAUCGAAAGUGGAGAGUACUUCUACACGGAUCUGAAUGGGCUACAGAUUAUUAAGAGGAAGAGAUUCGACAAGUUGCCGUUGCAAGCCAACUACUAUCCGGUGCCGUCGUCGAUGUAUAUUCAAGACGAUAGUUGGCGGUUAACGAUUUUGAGCGGGCAGCCUCUGGGUGGUGCGUCACUGAAGGCGGGCGAGAUGGAAAUUAUGCAAGACAGACGACUUUCUCAAGAUGACGAUCGAGGUCUGGGUCACGGAGUGCUCGACAACCAGCCGGUGCUGCACCUCUUCCGAUUGGUACUGGAAAGCCGUGAAUCGUGUACCAAAUUGGACCCGGGCUAUCCAGCUGGAUUCCUUACACCGACGGCGUACGGAGAACUUCGGUCGCUGCUACACCCAUUGGAGAAGCUCAUUUUCAACGAGAACGAAUGGACGGGACUGCUGCCUAGCUUCGGGGCCGAUCAUGAACCCUUGGAAAAGGGUAUGGAGGUGGUGGCAAUGCGCAAUCUACCGCACGUGCGUGUCGGAAAGGACAAGCGGCCCUGCAUCGGGCUGGUGGUGCAUCGAACCAAUUUCGAAGACUGUGGUUCGGAGGCCAGCGGAGAAGGCAAUUUGAACAUAAAAAAACUGCUUGACCUGGACGACGGGCACGAGAUCUACGGGUCGGCCCUUACGCUGCUCCGCAAACAGGAACCCCUCCCAGCGGACGAUAUCAGCUUCUGUCCGAUGGACUCGAAGGCCUUCAUCAUUCAGCGGUAAAGCGGAAGGUAGCUGGGUGCGAGUUUAUGCUUAUUUAAGUCAGUUGUGAACCAUACGCGCUUCUUCGCCUGGAAAGGGACUAAUUUAUUAUAAGGAUUUUCAACAAUGUUGAUGUUUUACCUGACGAUCGACGUGUUUCUAGAAAGAUUUCGUUUCGAGUUGAGUGUGAUGAGUGGUGUGAUGAAUGUGUUUCGAUUACUUGAGUUCCAGAUUAAUGCUAGUGGGAAGUUCAGAUGCAUCAUUAUGAUACUUAAGUUAGAUGAAGCUGAAGUUGGAAUACCCUUAGAUAUUUAGCCCUACGGGAACUGCAAUUGAAUGUUGGGAUACGGAAUAUAAGAACGGGUGGACUAGACACAUUAGACUGCAUGAGAAUUGUAGCAGUAAAGCUACAAUGUAGGUAUUAUAUCUUUAGAUAUAAGGACACCGUAAAAUCAUCUAAACAAAACACAUUAAAAGGGCACACAAGCACUUAAGGGUAGAUUGUGCAUAUUGAUUGGACAA